AUGGCCAAUAUGCUCUUCGCCAACUUCAAUCAGGAUUAUUCGUGCGUGUCUGUCGGCACUCGGGGUGGAUAUAGUAUCAUCAACUGCGACCCUUUUGGGCGCGUAUACACACAAAACGAUGGCGGGCGAGGCAUAGUCGAAAUGCUCUUCUGCACGUCCCUCAUCGCACUUGUUGGAGCCCCUGACACGCCUUCUUCCUCCCCCCCGCAAGCUCCAAAUCGUCAACACAAAACGCCAGUCGAUGAUAUGCGAGCUGCUUUUUCCCCAGCAGCAUCCUGA